AUGAUUCGUACAAAAGCAGUGGAACGAUAUUUAGAGCAAGCAACUCAGAACGGUGUCAAAGGGGCUAUUUUGUUUGAUAAAGAUGGUAAGAAAUUUGUUACUUUUUAAGUUUUAGAUAUGAACUCACAAAAAGUUGUAGUAUGCGCCGGUAAACGUGUAAUACGCAAAUACUAGCUUUUUAAAUACAAUUUUCUUGUUUAGGACGUAUUGUUGCACGAGCUGGAUCCGGAUCUCACGAUAGUAUACUCGCUGUGUUCACGGCCAAAUUGUGGGAAUCGUUCGAUCGACAAGGCUCACGGGACCGCUUACGUGAGAUCGAGCUACAGAAUUCAAAUCACAUUCUAAUGGCUGCACGAGUUGUGACUAUGAUUAUGGCCGUCGUUGUAGAGAAGGAUCAGCCCACCGCGGUCGCCAAAGCAAAAUUGAAUCGUUUAGUAGAAGAUUUACGUGAACCAAUGAGUAUCUUUUGCUGA